UGAUAUAGAAAACCGGACGAUUUCAAAAAAUCAUGUUAUUUAAUUGAUUCCAUAUCUAAAGAAUGUGAUUUAGUUAAUAAAAUUGUUUCAAAAGAAUUUGUUUUGUUUCCGAGAGAUGUAUUGUUAAUGAUCGGAAAAGAAAAAGCUGUAGAGAGUGAUAAACGCAAACUUGAUCUCUCUACACUUCAGUCAAUGAAAGGAAAGAAAAUUCAAGAAUUACAAGCCCUUAAUGCAGAAUCCAAUUGUAUUCAAGAACAAGAAGCAUGCUUAUAUUUAGAUGAACCAGAUGUGAAUGAUCAAACUCAUGAAGACCUUUCUGUAAUUGCUAGUGAUCUGUCAUCCAAGUUUAAAAGGUUUAAUGAAAUCUACGAUAACGAAAUUUCUCCGUGGAUUAAAAAGGAUUACAUUAAGCGUGACGGAGAUAAGAUCGUCGAGGGUCUAGGACAUCGAGUGCAAGAAGCAAAUAAAAGACUAUGUAAAAUACGCAAAAGUCUUCAAGACUUUGAAACUAUACAAAAAUCAUAUGAAGAAAUUGUAUCUCACCUUCCAUGUACCAUAGAUCAACAUAACUCAGUCAAUAACAAUACAUCAUCAAAUGGAAAUGAUAUAACAAAUAGUGCGGUAAAUCCGAACAUAAUUAACAAUCGAGGUGAACCUGGAUUAGAAGCAAUUACGCGAUUGCAAAAGUUUGAGAAAAUUUUAAAAGAUGGUAUUGAAAGAAGAGCUAAAUAGAACAAAAAUAGAGUAUUUAGACUUACAUCGUAUCAUCGAAUGUAAAGAUUCGCGAUUAAUCUGAAAUAGUUAAUUAUCUUGUCUAUAACAUUAAAUAAGUUCAACACCUACAACGGAAAUACCAAACAUUUUUGC